AUGAAUACUGUAGAUUCAAUCUCAAGUGAAAAUAAUAUAACUAAUACAGGAAGUAGACCACUCUGUGGACAACUUAUCUAUACUUAUAAAGGAGAUUCGUCUACUACUAUUAAUAAUAAUAAUAUUAGUAAUAGCAGUAGAAGUAGUAGUACUAAUCAUAGUACUAUAAGUCAUAGUAAUAGUAGAACUAAUGAUACUGAUAAAUCAAAAAAUGACCCAUUUGAGGUUGUAGAAACUGUUAUGAAUAUUCAACCAGAAUUACCUUCUUCAUCAUCUAAUAAUAAUAUUCAAGAUAAUAAUAAUAUUCAAAUUAAUAAAAAAGAUUUUAACUCUUUUUCGUUGUCAAGAUCACCAUCCUUAACUGAUAGUACAUCAGAAGGUUAUUGUUCUGCUUACACAACAGAAACGGAAAGUACCAAUGAUCAAACAAAUGAAUUUGGUUUACAAUUAGGUCAAAAUGAUUUUAAUAGAUUAUAUCAAUGUGUACCACGUACAGAUUUUCAAAGGUAUCCAAUGAUUUCUCAGCAUAGAACUAAUAUUAAUAAUAAUAAUCCACCUACUCAUGGGAACGACUUAAGAAGGUUUAGUGAACCACAAAUAUUUCACAAUUUAUAUAGUAAGAUCGAUCAAAAUUCAAAUAAUUAUUAUAAUGCUACAACUAAUAAUAAUAUGGAAAAUAUACAUGAAUAUGAUCAUAAACAUCACCAACCUUUAAGAAGAGUGGCUACGAUUAAUGGUGGUCCAUCAGAGUUGAUGUAUCAUACUACAUUUAAUGAUAUUGAUGUCAAUUUGGAUUGUCCUUGCUCAAAACAUCAUCACAGAAGAAAUUCUAUCGCAAUUCGUUUUAAUAAAGCAUUAUACAAGAAAUUGUAA